AUGCUUCGGCGACGCCAGUGGUUUGCAUACUCCUUCACGGUGAAGUGCCUCAUCACCCUCUCCACAGCUGGCCUACUGAUCCUCGUCCUCGCCUUUCACAUCAAAGAGAUCCAGCUCUUCAUGCUGGACAACUCCCUGGGCGACUGGCAGAUUGCGGUCAGCUCCUCCAAGCUGGGCCUCCUGGCGCUGGAGCUCCUGGUCUGCUCCCUCCACCCCUUCCCCCUGGGAGACUCCCCCUGCCUGGACCCGAAACCCACCAAGACGUUCGUCUUCCUCUCGGACGCCGACCUGAUCCUCUCCCUGCUCAUGUUCCUCCGCCUCUACCUGGUGCCGCGGGCCGUGCUCCUGCGGAGCAGCGUGCUGGGCGACGCCUCCUACCGCAGCAUCGGCUCCCUCAACAAGAUCCACUUCCAGUACCCCUUCGUGCUGCGGGUGAUGGUCAACAGCCAGCCGGGGCGGGUGCUGCUCACCUUCAUCGUGGGGCUCUGGAUCAUCGCCUUUUGGGUCUUGUCUGUCUGCGAAAGGCAGGACAUGGACGACGAAGACUACCUGGGCAAAACGGUUUGGCUGAUUCCCAUCACGUUCCUAACCAUCGGCUACGGGGACGUGGUGCCAGUCACGGUGUGUGGAAAGAUGGUGUGCCUGUUCACCGGCGUUAUGAUGAAAUAUUCAGCUGCCAAUGUGCUGCAGGAGGCUUGGCUGCUAUACAAACACACAAAAAGGAAGGACGGGCGAAGGGCGCGCCAGCACCAUCGGAAACUGCUAUCAGCUAUCCACAGGUUCCGGCAUGUGCGGAUGAAGCACCGCAAGAUCCGUGAUCAGGUUAAUGCAAUGGUGGACGUUUCUAAGAUGCAGAUGAUCAUGUGUGACCUCAGCUCCAGCCUCAGCAACUCUCACCGGGAGCUGGAGAAGCGGAUCGAGGCCUUGGACAGCAAACUGGAUGAGGCCAUGAGGCUCCUCUCGGCCCUGGUGGAAUCCAAGCAGCAGCUGCAGCAGCAGGGCCUCUGAUCUCCCCAGCACAGCCGAGGAGCUGUCGACCGAGAUCAUUUUUCAUCUCAAAAGAUUUUGGACCAUCCACCCAACAAGGAAGCC